CAAAUGAACCUAUCUAGGUCCAUGCACUGUUCCCACCGUCCAUCCCAGCCUCAAUUUUCUUUUUGCUUGUUAGGUUGCUACAAGUCGAUCACCGUGGCCAAGACAUUUAUGCACCUUCAUCCUCACUCACUGUUGCACGAGUAGAUAUAAGUUUUCUUGUGUUCUGACAGCAAAAGAUGUCAGAACAGAAAUGGAAAGGAAGGCCGUUUUUCAUGUUCUUCCAUCAGCCUCUUUACUUCCACUUGUUCUUUAUUCUGAUGUUAUUACAAGGUUGUUCCAAGUUUGCUGUUGCGGGUUCAGCAGUGAAGUUUCUUCCAGGAUUUGAGGGACCGCUUCCUUUCGAACUUGAGACUGGGUAUAUAGGAGUGGGUGAAUCAGAGGAUGUGCAGCUGUUCUACUACUUUGUUAAGUCAGAAUCAAACCCUGAGGUAGACCCUCUGGUGCUUUGGCUAACUGGAGGCCCUGGCUGCUCUACAUUGACUGCACUGCUGUAUGAAUUUGGACCCAUAAAGUUCGAGGAAGUUGAGUACAAUGGCAGCUUACCCAGAUUAAUUCUGAAUACCAACUCAUGGACUGAGGUGGCAAGCUUUAUUUUUCUUGAUUUCCCAGUUGGUACUGGAUUCUCCUAUGCAAGAACUCCAGAUGCUCUACAAUCUAAUACUCUGCAAGCAUGUAAUCAAGCUCUCGAGUUUCUCAGGAAGUUCCUGAUUGAUCAUCCAGAGUUCAUCUCGAAUCCUUUCUAUGUUGGUGGAGACUCCUUUUCGGGUCUUAUUGUUCCAAUCAUUACCGAAUUAAUAUCCGAGGGGAAUGAAAAUGGAAUUGAGCCAUCAAUUGAUCUUAAGGGAUACCUAAUUGGCAACCCAGUAACAACUCCAACUGAUGACAACUAUAGAGUGCCGUUUGCUCAUGGGAUGGGACUAAUUUCUGAUGAACUAUACGAGUCCCUGAAGAGGAAUUGUAAAGGUAAGUACCAAGACAUAGAUCCCAGCAACUUUCCAUGCUCACAGGAUUUGCAGGUUUUUAAUAAGUUACUUGACAAUAUACAAACUGCAAAUAUUUUGGAACCAACGUGUGAUUUUUGGGCACCAAAUCCACUAAAUCUCUUCUUAGAAGGAUCUCUUGAUAAAACGUUCCUGGGGCUGAACAGAUUUGAGAGAUUUCUUGCAUUUAGGUGUCGUGCUGACGGUUACAAGCUAUCCUACGCAUGGGCAAAUGAUGAUAAUGUCCAUGAGGCUUUGCAGAUUCACAAGGAAAGCAUUGGGUAUUGGCGACGAUGCAACAAUGGUUUGCCUUACACCACAACUGUUCGGGACUGUGUACCGUAUCAUGCAAACCUCAGCAGUAAAGGUUAUAGAUCACUGAUGUACAGUGGUGACCAUGACUUCAUUGUUCCAUUCUUUGCAACUCAAGCUUGGAUUAGGUCUCUAAACUACCCUAUCAUUGAUGACUGGCGACAAUGGGUGGUUGAAGGGCAGGUUGCAGGUUAUACGAGGAGUUAUGCCAACCGGAUGACAUUUGCCACAGUGAAGGGAGGAGGCCACACGGCUCCAGAGUACAGACCAGCAGAAUGCAAGGCCAUGUUCAAAAGGUGGAUAUCUCAUGAACCUCUGUAGGGUGUAAUCAAUUGGUGAAUUUUCACACAUCUAAUCCAUCCCUCAAAUGUCCUGUGCUUUUAAUCGUGUAUAGGCGACCAAUAUGUACUUUUUUUUGUGUAAGAUUGCUUACAGAUACUUGUCCAACAACAAAUACUUAAUUUACCUAAUAUUGGUGAAAAUGUCUUAGCCAUGCUGUGGAAUACAUCAAAAUA